ACAAUACAGCUGCAAACAUAAAAGAAACCCAAGAGGUUUGGCAGCUUAAUUUCUUCUCCUCAGCGAAGCGCCCAAUCUCGUUUCUACUCACCUUCCCCACCGCAGAGCGCCUGCGAUGACGACUGAGACAGAAGACGCCGUACGACGUCGCACAGCGGUUGCCGACUACCGCAAAAGGUUACUCCAGCACAAGGAGCUGAAAUCCCGAGUCCGCGCAGUGAGAGAGAACUUGCGGGCUGCGAAGAAAGAAUUUGGGAAAACUGAAGAUGAUUUGAAGUCCCUUCAAAGUGUUGGACAGAUUAUUGGUGAAGUUCUCAGGCCUCUUGAUAACGAACGCCUAAUUGUGAAGGCAAGUAGUGGCCCGAGGUACGUCGUUGGGUGUCGCAGUAAAGUUGACAAAGAAAAACUAACCGCUGGAACGCGUGUUGUUUUGGAUAUGACUACCUUGACUAUCAUGCGGGCUCUACCCAGAGAAGUUGAUCCGGUUGUAUAUAACAUGCUUCAUGAAGAUCCUGGUAAUGUUAGCUACUCAGCCGUCGGAGGACUAUCUGAUCAAAUCCGAGAGCUUAGGGAGUCUAUUGAACUGCCUCUAAUGAACCCUGAGCUCUUCCUUAGGGUGGGGAUCAAACCUCCCAAGGGUGUUCUUCUGUAUGGACCUCCGGGAACAGGGAAGACAUUGCUAGCCAGAGCAAUUGCUAGCAACAUAGAUGCUAACUUUCUUAAGGUUGUAUCAAGUGCCAUUAUUGACAAAUAUAUCGGUGAAAGUGCAAGAUUGAUAAGGGAAAUGUUUGGUUAUGCCCGUGAUCACCAGCCAUGUAUCAUUUUUAUGGAUGAGAUCGAUGCUAUUGGAGGACGGCGUUUUAGUGAAGGGACUAGUGCAGACCGAGAAAUUCAGCGAACACUCAUGGAGUUGCUUAAUCAGUUAGAUGGGUUUGAUCAGCUCGGAAAGGUGAAAAUGAUCAUGGCAACCAAUAGGCCUGAUGUACUGGAUCCAGCACUUCUCCGCCCUGGGCGACUAGACCGCAAGAUAGAGAUCCCAUUGCCCAAUGAGCAAUCAAGAAUGGAAAUUCUCAAAAUCCAUGCUGCUGGGAUAGCCAAACAUGGGGACAUUGAUUAUGAGGCAGUUGUGAAGCUUGCUGAGGGUUUUAAUGGAGCUGAUCUCCGUAAUGUCUGCACUGAAGCUGGGAUGUCUGCGAUCCGUGCUGAGAGGGAUUAUGUCAUCCAUGAAGAUUUCAUGAAGGCUGUACGGAAACUGAAUGAGGCCAAGAAACUCGAAUCUAGUGCCCACUACAACACAGAUUUUGGGAAAGAAUGAAACUGAAUUUGAACUUUGAACCUACCCGAAGAGUUAAUUAAGAGUAAAAACUGCUAUCAUGUGCUGGAUGUUGUGCUCUAUUUUCUUGAUGAGAUGUGGGGAUGGUGGUACCGCAAUAUGGCUUCCAGGAAUGUGUUUACCACCAGACUCACAUUACGAAUUGUAUUCUGAAUCGAGCCGUUGUUUAGUAUUAUGAUUCUCGAACAUUAAAUUGUCUCUUGCUUAGUUUACUGUGGUUUUAAGAUGCUUUUCGUGCAUAUGAUUAAAUCAAAUUUUAAACUAUGAUUUUGUACCUUUAUACUAAUUAUUAACAACAAAUAAUAACUGCUACAUUUAUA